AUGCUUAAUGUGCGCCCUCUGAAGAGUGACACCAGACAACUUCACACUGCAGGGGAACCAGACUCACUAAAACAGUCUAGCCAUGUCACUAAGCAAAUAAAUAGACAAACUGUAAAAACAAGCCCAGAGAGAAGGAGGGAAUCCGCAUCCAGAGCUGCUAAAAUAUAUUACCUAAAAUAUCUGGCUUUCAACCAAAAAAUUAUGACAUGCAAAGAACAGCAAAGUGACCCAUACACAGCGGGGAGAAAAGGAGACAACGGAAACCGUGAGAGGGCCCAGGUGUCGUACUUAGCAAACAAAAUUUCACAGCAGCUGUUACAGCUGUUUAAAGGACUUAAGGAAGCCAUGCUGAAAGAAGUAAAGGAAGGUUUCAUGACGAUGUCUCGCUAA